CCCUCACCGGUCGUGCAGGCGGAGCGGCAGGCGCGCCCGCGGCAGCAGCUUUAUAUUAAGGACAUGGUGACUGACUUUGAUGAAAAACAUGACGAAUACUUAAUAUCCCUUCAGCAGAGAAACCGGCUACUGGGACGUUUAAAAAGAAAGGAUCCUCUACAAAUCAAACUGGAGCAGUUAGAACAAGGAUUUUCUCUGUAUCUGAAUGGAGCUAAUUCAGAGCUGAGAAAUUACCGCAGAAAAAUCAACUCACAUGGUUACCUUAAAACUGAGACAAAGACCACCAGGACAAAUGCAGCCCAGCUAGAAGAGAGAGAGUUGCGAGAACGCAGCACACAGACUGCACCAAGCAAAAUACAACGCAGAGGUUGGCUUCAGAAAACUGUGGAGAUUAAAACAGAAAGAGGGGCUAAACUCUGCAUUAAACCUCCUCUUGAGUACUCUGAGGAUUUUGAACCUUAUGAAAGUUUGAGCGUGGAGACAAGUGGUGGUGAUCCUCUCCGUUACUCCCAGAAAUUGAGAAGAAGCUUGCAACUCAGUAUGGAAGAGAAAAGGAUGGAAGAAGACUCUCUUAGUGAUGAUUGUGACUCUGUUGAAGAGGACGUGUUUUCAGAACCAUCUCCCACUGAGGAAACAACUACAAGCUUUGGAGGCCUCCAGUUGCAUAGCAGUGGAUCACUGCAGAAAGAAGCUUCUGAACAUCAGGAUGCUGGGAGAUGCUCUGGCCUUGAUUCUGGUGCCCCUACUGUGUUGGAGUUCAACCAGGAUCAAAGUAAAGUGAAGCCACUACGAGUUCUCUCAGCAAAAAGAAAAGAUAAUGCGGAAAUGUACAUUCCUGUCCGACCAAUCGUGGUAAAAAAUAAAAUCACUCGGCCACUCUCUGCUGAGUUCUUGCACCAGGAAAGACAUGAAAGAAUUUGUCCUAGACCGUUAAGUCGACCAGAAAGACCGCUUUCAGCAACUCGAAAGCAUGUGUGUGAGAAGGAUCCUGAUCUCUCAGUUUCAGCUGUGGUUAAAGCAAUGCAAAUUGAAAAUGAAGUCUUGCAGAGAGAUCUGCAAAGGCAGACAGUUUCCACAAGCCCUCAAAAGAAGAAAUUUUCUGUUUCAUCUGUUGUUUCUGCAAUGGCUGAACCUCCAGAAAAAAGCCAGACAAGGACUGCAGUCACAAAAGCUGUUGAGAGAAUUUGUCCUUUUGGAAGCAGACAACAGAAGAAACUUGUGAAAGUCCUUCCGGAGCCUGAGAGCCAUUCUGCCUGUGAUAAUGACAUAUUCCUGUCUGAUGACAUAUCUGAAGUAGAUUCCACGUUGAGAGAGAAGAUGACAACCAGUAUGGAAGUACAUGAUGCCAUUUAUGUGACUAUGGAACUUCUUUCUAACUGGGGAAAUCCAGUAAACGUGGGCCUGAGUGAGGUGGAGUUCUUUGAUUUAUACAACGAAAAGAUAUUUGUGUCUCCUCAUGAUGUGGACAUUCGAAAUGCUGACAACCCAGGGGAUUUGUGCUGCUUGGUCAAUAAGAACUUAAAUAUCACGAAGGAAAGCUUCCUUUGGAUGUGCCCUUUCCAUCCGCCCGUCCAACUUUACUUUGUUAUCCGCAAUCCCACCCGGUCACAUGACUUUGGUAUAUCCAAGAUCAAGAUUUGGAAUUACAACACAACAACUCCCAGUGACCUUGAUAUUGGAGCGAAGAAGGUGAAGUUAUAUGUUGAUGAGAACCUUGUAUUUGAUGGUGAAUUAGAGAGAGCCUCUGGAGAUCUCACUGACCAUAGCACUACAAUUGACCUUACAGAUCACAAGCAAGGUAUCUCUGCGUAUUCUUCAAAUGAAAGGAAAGAAGUAAAUACACCUGCAGUCACAGAGGAGAAAGCAGACCUACAUUUUAAAUGCUUACAGUCAAACAGUACUUCACUAAACUGGAAAUCUCUUCCAGAAGAAGAUCUUCUUGAGCAUAAGAUGAACUCAGUCAGCUUUACAAAGAAAAUUUUGUCUGAGUUAGAGGAUGAUCUAAAAGUGUUACCAUCUCAAGUUUGUAUAAAAGAUGCCAAAGCGAAUGCAACAGUACAAGCAGUUACGGAGCAUGUUCCAUCUGAUGAUGAACUUACUUUGAGCGAGCAAAUGGAAAAGCUAACAGGAAGAAAAUUGUCUGAUUCUACAGGUGCAAUUCCUUCUUGGUUACAGUCAUCUUCCCAAGUAACAGAGAAUAAUCAAGUUACUUCCAGUAAGCAGAAGCCUCCCUGGCUUGCUACAGAACAUUGUUUAGGCUUGAGAUUUCAAACACAGUCAGAUGGAAUCAUGAAAAACUUUUCAGAUCUGACUAAUGAGGUUGUCAAAUGUCAGAGAAAUGAACUGGGAAGAUCCAGUAGUAGAAAUGCAAAUGGAGAUGAGAGAUCACUAAUGCUAACCAGAAAGGAUAGUGACGUGGGCUUGGAAAUUUCGGAGCAACUUUCUAACAAAAAUUGCUGCAGCUUACCAUACCCUACAAGUGGAAGGAGAAGUGUCAGAUGUGUAAAAAAGGUGGGAUUAAACACUAUGAAUCUUGGAGAAGAUGAUUCCGCUCUCAAAGAUGAAGACUUUUCUAUCAAGGACAUAGCAACCUCUAGAGCAAAGUGGCACAAUGAACAAGAACACACUCUGCAGGAGUCAUGGAACUCCUUGGUAAAGUUUAAUUAUUCCCAUCGCGGCCGAAUCUCUAACAUGGAUUUUCAAGGGGAUAUCUUUGAUGAGUUUCUCCAUCAACAGAAAAUCAACCGGCCUGGAGAAUAUCAGCAAAUGAGAAAAGAGGGGCUACAAACACUACCAAAAAGGCAAGAAGAAGAAAAUUCUGUGGAGGCACAUGAUGGAAAUGAUUUCAAAAUUCCUGUUUUACCUUAUGGGCAGCACUUAGUGAUAGACAUUCAAACAACAUGGGGAGACAGACAUUAUGUUGGUCUUAAUGGAAUUGAAGUUUUCAGUUCUAAAGGAGAACCUGUUCAGAUUUCAAAAAUAACAGCUGAACCACCUGAUAUAAAUAUUUUACCAGCUUAUGGCAAUGAUCCCAGAAUAAUAACCAACCUAAUUGAUGGGGUAAAUCGGACGCAGGAUGAUAUGCAUCUCUGGCUAGCACCAUUUACCCCUGGAAAACCUCACUUUAUCUUUAUUGACUUUGUGAAUUCCUGUCAAGUAGCUAUGAUUAGGAUUUGGAAUUAUAAUAAAUCUCGCAUACACUCUUUCAGAGGUGUGAAAGACAUUAUAAUGCUGUUAGAUGAACAAUGCAUCUUUAAAGGAGAAAUUGCGAAAGCUUCAGGAACCUUGUCUGGAGCUCCAGAGCACUUUGGGGAUACUAUAUUGUUCACUACCGAUGAUGAUAUUCUUGAAGCUAUAUACUGCUAUGAUGAGACGUAUGAUGGAGAAAUGGAAAAUGCCAGCUCCUUGAGAUAUGAGGAAGAGCUAAAGAGGCCAACAACUGCUGAUAGGGAGGGAGAUGAAAGACCUUUUACACAAGCGGGGUUAAGAACAGAGGAUCAACAGGUUCAAGAGCCAGACCCUCUCUCUGAAUGUAUACUCAAGGAAUCAGGAAUAUUUACUGGAAAAUGCCUGCAACUGAAUUUUACCAUGACCUGGGGAGACUCUCAUUACCUUGGACUGACAGGACUUGAAGUGAUAGGAAAGAACGGUCAUGCAUUAAAAAUAAGUACAGAACAGAUUUCUGCUUCACCCCAAGACUUAAAUGAUCUUCCAGAUUAUACAGGAGAUUCCAGAACAUUAGAAAAGUUAAUAGAUGGGACUAAUAUCACAGUAGAGGAUGACCAUAUGUGGCUCAUUCCCUUCUCUUUUGGAGAAGAUCAUCUGCUCACAAUCCAUUUUGAUAAAAUUGAAAGUAUUGCAGGGCUUCGCUUUUGGAACUAUAAUAAAUCUCUGGAGGAUACCUAUAGAGGGGCUAAGGUAGUCCAUGUGUUGCUGGAUGGUCACAGCAUCUCCCCACCAGAGGGCUUGCUUAUCCGCAAGGGACCAGGCAACUGCCAUUUUGACUUUGCCCAAGAAAUUCUGUUUCUUGACUAUCUGCAGCCCCAGCUGAUUAAUAAAGUACAAAGGAGGACUGGUUCAAAGAGAAUGGAACAAGCUAGUAUGGACUAUGAAGCACCAUUAAUGCCAUGUGGUUUUGUUUUCCAGUUUCAGCUUCUGACAAGUUGGGGUGAUCCAUACUACAUUGGUUUGAAUGGACUUGAGUUGUUCAACGAACAUGGAGACCAAAUCUUACUAACUGAAAACAAUAUUGCUGCUUUUCCAGAUAGUGUCAACAUUUUAGAAGACGUAUCUGGAGACAUCCGAACUCCAGACAAACUAAUUGACAGAGUAAAUGACACAACCGAUGGCAGACAUAUGUGGCUUGCACCAGUUCUUCCUGGUUUGGUGAAUAGGGUAUAUGUAAUUUUUGAUGUACCUACUACUGUGUCAAUGAUCAAGUUAUGGAAUUAUGCCAAAACACCUCAGAGAGGUGUGAAAGAAUUCGGUCUUCUGGUGGAUGACUUGCUUGUCUACAAUGGGAUUCUGGAUAUGGUGAACCAUGUAGUAUCAGGCAUCCUACCAACCUGUGAUCCAGUGGUCCCGUAUCAUACCAUUCUCUUUACAGAUGAUGAGAAGAUUUGCCAUCAGGAGAAGAGAACUGUUAUUAGCAAUCACGUGGGCGAUCAGGAUGUACGAAUGAUGAAUGAAAACGAGAUUGUCACAAACAGCAAAAAGAAGCAGGUUGUGGCUGAUCCAGCUUUGCGUCCAAAAACCUGCAUAUGUGAAAAAGGACUGCAGAGGAGGAAAAGAUAACACGGGAUUGUGAUUGGAAAGUCCUGAAUACAUCCAGCCCUAAAUAACUGCAAUCUCUAGAUCUCCCAGAUGUGUAUCGUCCAAAUGGAAGAUUUUCCGGGUCUGCUGCUGCUCAACCACCUCCUGUCUUAUGAGAGGAAGUUUUAUUCACUACAGGAAAUUUUCUUCAGUAAUGAAAUUUAAAGCAUGGAUUCAGUUUUCUGGUUUUUUUAAUUGUCAUUAUCUGUCUGAUUUUUUUUUUCCCCUGCUCUUAAUUGAAAAUCCAGGGAGGAAGGAACAUAAAGGAGUGAGAACCUUAUUGCUAGCUGACAACUGUUCCUGCCAAGUACCAAGAACUUGGGUGAAGCAGGAUGGUUAUAACAAGAGGUCUUUCAGAGUAUUUCUCAAGCUUUAAUUGCUAAAUCCUAGCUGGACGAUCACGAAACUCCUCACUAGAAGGAAGUGUCUGCUUUGUUUCUGACGCCUGUAAAUAGUUCUUUGGGAAAUGCACUUAUUAGAGGAAAUAUUCUUUACCUCUCUGUUUCUGGGCUGCCAGUGUAUGUUUUGAUGCCAUGGCCCUCUCUAGGGGCUGACACUGUUUCUGACAUCUGGAGAGGUCCCACUGGGCUUGCAGAAGUGUGAUGAAUGCUUUUAGAAAAUGCAGAUCAGGAAGUGGGUUUAUCAAGGUUUGAUAAGUAAGU